AUGAACGAUUCCUCUUUGACUCGGCCAAUCCCUUCUGACUGUUGUGUUGCCGACUCUUGGGGCUACCAGCUACAUUCAGACAUACAAGCUCUUGUUUGUCCUUCUGAUUUAGUUAUUAACAAGCAUAGUCCAUCUGCAUUUUCCGGAACAAGUCUGGCUUCAAUCCUUGCAUCCAACAAUAUUCGCACUGUGAUUUUAUGUGGUCUUCUUUCCUAUACCUCUAUUUUAGCAACUGCCGCUGAUGCCUUUUUUCUGGGUUUAGAUGUGAUUGUGCCUUAUGAAUGUGUCGGCCACAACAACAUGCACAAACAUAUGAAAGCUAUGCAUACCAUAUCUACGUGGUAUGGACAUGUCUGUCAUCUGGAAAGUAUAAUUGGAAAGGAUCUUGCGCAUAUCUACGGAGCUGGCGAUUCGCGCCUUGUCCAUAAUGUCAUGCCUCCAUCUCUACUCAAUAUGAAUACUACAUCGACUACCACUGAAACACACACUGGUCUAUUUUACGCUCUUAAGCACGAAGUCGCUUGGCAAGAGAUGUUUCAUCGUGGAGGUGCUGUUCCUCGUUUAGUCUGCGUCCAGGGAAUAUGCGAUCCAGCCACAAACAACUCGAUCCCCAUUUACAGACAUCCUGCAGACACGCAUCCAAAGUUUUAUCCAUGUACUCCCGUUGUGGAUCUUAUUCGUCGUCACAUUAGCCAUCUCUUGGGACAUGAACUGAACCAUGUUUUGAUUCAACUAUAUCGUGAUGGAAAGGACUACAUUUCUGAACACUCUGACAAAACAUUGGAUGUGGUUGCUGGUACAAGUAUUGUAAAUCUAUCAUUAGGUGCUGAGCGUACCAUGGUAUUGCGUUCCAAACGUGAUACUCGACAUUCUACUUUUCACUCUGAAUUGCCUACUCAGUCGCCAUUAUUGACGAAACCAUCAAGAAAGACCCAACGGUUCAAUCUACCAAACAACUCUUUAUUUAUAAUGGGAUUAAAAACUAAUGCUCUCUGGUUACAUGGAAUAGCUCAAGAUAAAUCGAAUAGUGCUUUACAUUCCAACACCACUGAUACACUUGAUUCAGUUUUGGAGCGCAUUUCUUUAACUUUUCGCACCAUUGGCACAUUCAUCACACAAGAUCAAAAGCAUAUCUAUGGACAAGGAGCAAAAUGCAAGACAUUUGAAAGCGCUCAGCCUAUCAGUUUUGAUCUGGAUGAGAUGCAAAACAUGAUUGAUGCAUUUGGAGCGGAAAACCAAUCCACCAUGUUUAAUUGGGAUCAAGUAUAUGGUCGUGGUUUCAAUACCGUCGACUGUGCGUCUAAUGUAGAAUAA